UCAUCAGUUAGUUGUUCAACCGUUACGAGUUUGGUUCUCUCGGUCGAUCGAGCUCACGAGCUCGUUCAUAUCGCAAUUUUGUGGUUUUUAGUAGAAUUUAUAGUGAAACAAAAUAAAAAAGAUAGAAAUACCAACAACAAUACACGGUCACCAGAACCCGAUUUUCCGUGGGUUUCUCGUAAUAUUGGUCGAUUUUUUGUGUGUAUGUAUAUUGUCGUUAUAUCCGUUGUGAUUCUAUCUCUUAUUAAUCGGUGUGUGUUUUUUUUUAUUGGAAUCCUCCGAACGAAAAUAAUCCAGAUAAAUAACAAAAUAAACGCAGAGCAUUCUUAAACAAAACAAAAGAAAAGAAUACAAAAAAACCAUAAACGUUCUUGAAAUUGAAGAGAGAGAAAAAAAAUCUCAGUGUGUGAUUCAUUUACGUUUUCUUAUUUCGUGUGGUGGCAAUCAUCGAUGACAACAAUAGUAUUUCGAGCACGACACCAGAGAAAAUAAACGAUGAAAUUCGAUGUGUGUGUCAAAAUAAUUCCGAAAAUAAAAGAAAAAUUAAAAUUAUGAACACGAAAAUCUUCAUCAAAAAGUGCGUUGUUCAUUCGAUUUAAAUCGUUGCGUUGGUGACUCUUUUUGUUCCACCCAAAAAUAACAUUCGAAUGCAUAUUCAUUUUACACGCGCGCACGCACACACAUUGUGCUUUUGUGGAUGAAAUAAAUACGAUAAUUGACAUCGUUGCUGCUGGUGAUGAUUGCAUCGCAGAAACGAGAAAAAUAUUAAAUAACAAUAAAUGGACGCUUUUUUGUGCAAAAGAGAAAACAAAAAAAUAAAUAAACGUCGAUAAUUUUCGAUGCAUAAUCAUUGUAAGACUCUGUAUUGGAGCGUGUUUUUAACAACGUUUUGGUGAAAAUUAGUUUUUUAUUUGUUUGUUUAUAUUCGCGUGUUGGGACCACAAAAUUCAGACAAGAAAUUUAUCAUCGUCGUGUUCAAAACGCCAAGAAAAACGAACGACAAGAUUAACGGCACAUCCAAAUUGAAGCGAUUUACCUGUCCAGUGUUGACCGUAAAUAAUACUUGACCAUUUCAGUGAAUAAUUCAUAUAAUUAUUUGGACAAAUAUAUGAAAGACAUAGAUCCGAAUUUCCUCUUCAAACAAGCAUCGAGAUUUUUUGCACGACAUAAACUAAUUUAACAAAAUUGCCUUGAAUAAUCAUACGCAUCGUGAGCUAUCAACGCAAAAACGAACCGACCCAAACUCUAAGUAAAAAGUCAAAAAUCGGUGACGAAAAGCGACACAAGUUUAUGGAAUUUUUUUUUCGACUAGCGGCUAAUGAAUAAGAAGCUACACGAGAAUUGAUAACACAAAUAGAUUUGAUGAAUCAUAUUGAAAUCGUGCAUUUACACGAAAUCACAUUGGCGACAGCCGAUCUACCUACGCUCCAUUUACAGUGAACACAUUACCUUCGCUCUAUUUUCGUUUAACAUCAAUUAUUUCAUUUUGGACGACAAAGAAAGCAAAAGAGAGAAGAAAAAAAAACAAUUUGUGAGGAGACACAUUUCGUGUAAAAAGCAAACCUAAAACGGAUUUAUCAUUAAGUAUAUUAGGCCACAUAGAUAAGAGAAAACAAUAACAAUGGGCAAUACAUCGUCACAUACACACGAACCACUGGAACGUGGAUUCACCAGAGAUCGAUUUGGAGACAUUAAAAAUUCGAGAUUUGCAUCGUUUCGAUUUAGUAAAAGAUCGCCAAAAAAGAUGGACCGUUUACGUCGUUCAUUUCGUGAUUCGUUUCGUCGUCGAAAGGAUCGUGUGCCAGAAUCAUCGAAACCAUUACAAUGGCCAACUGAUGAGCAGGCCGUACGUUCCUCGACCUGUUCGUUUCCGGUUAAGUACUUAGGCUGUGUUGAAGUAUAUGAAUCACGUGGAAUGCAUAUCUGUGAAGAGGCGUUAAAAGUAUUGAAAACAUCACGUCGACGUCCUCCAACGCGUGGUGCGUUGCACGUGAGCGGUGAUGGAUUGCGUUUCGUUGAGGAUGAUACAAAAAGUUUAAUUGUUGAUCAAACAAUUGAAAAAGUGAGCUUCUGUGCACCGGAUCGUAAUCAUGAGCGUGGUUUCAGUUAUAUAUGCCGUGAUGGUACGACACGACGUUGGAUGUGCCAUGGUUUUUUAGCAACAAAAGAUUCGGGUGAACGUUUAUCUCAUGCGGUUGGCUGUGCAUUUACUGUUUGUUUAGAGCGAAAACAACGUCGUGACACUGAAUGCAGUGUAACAAUGACAUUCGAUAAAAAUACAUCAACAUUUACCCGAAACGGUUCAUUUCGUCAAACAACGUUAACCGAACGUUUGCAUAAUGAACGUGGCAUUGAUAUUGGUGGUAAAAAAUCAUUGGCCGCCAUUGUUGCACCACAACCAAAACAAUAUAAUCCAUAUGCAAUUGAACGUCCGCAUGCAACACCAUCAAUGCUUGAGCGUCAAGGUAGUUUUCGUGGUUUAAGCAGUCUAAACAGUCAAUCACCGUUCAAACGUCAAAUGUCAUUGCGUUUAAGUGAUCUUCCGUCCAAUGCUGAGCGUCAAAAAUCGUUUUUGGAACCGCUUACCAAUGGCCAUAAAAUUCGAUCCGUUUCACCAAUACCCGAAGUAACAACCACACAAACCCAAACACCGGAAAUUGAUGUGGUUAGCGCAUUAUGCAAGGAGCUCAGUCAAGCACCAACAGCAUCGGUUGCAUCUGAUGAUUAUGUAUUGCCAAGCACUAUAUCAGCGGAUGCCAUUUCAAAGAUAGCUGCCAUCAGUCCAAUUGAUGUGACACCAUCACCACUCAAAAAUAUUGUCAAACCGAUGACAACGAGCCCUUACAUUCCAAUGGACGGUACAACAACAUCGAUUACAUCAUCAUCAAUAGCCAAUGCCACCAAUGUCAAUAAUACAUUCAAUAACAUGCCAAUCUCAUAUGCUGUUACACCAACAAUUGCAUCAACGCGUCAUCGAGCCAGCGUAUCGGGUGCAUUACCAUCACAAACAAUCCAUCAAUUACAGUCAACCAUUGAUGAAAAUAAUAAAUGCAAUGAAUUUAGUGCAACGAUUGCAACAUCGAUUAUAACACCGAAUAAUAGUCAACUUCCAAAGGCCGAACAAUGGUUGGGUCAAAUUGUUAAAAAUGCAUCGCCGGCAGCUAAACGACCACCAUCAUUACAUUCACGUGCAAAAUCAUUGACCAGCGGCAGCGAUCCAUUCGAUGCUGAAUGGGUUGCCGAUAUACCAGCGGCCACCGAACAACCCAUCAUCACACACACAAAUCCAUUCAUAUCGCCAAUGAAACAACUCGAUUUGGAACUUUAAAACGACAUUUAUUAAACAUGAAAAAUUAUCAAACAACAAAACUAAAUUGACGCAUAGCUAAAACUCAAAUUUUUUUUUAAAAAAAAGAAAUGAUGUGCAAGCUGGUAUGCAUUAAAUGGUGCUUUAAUUGUUAAAACAAAAUUAACUAUUAUAUUAUAUACUUAUCAAUAUAGACUUUAAAACAAAAUCAUAUUUGCUAUUUAGCAGCUUUGUUGUACGUGUGCGCGUAAAUCAAAGAAAAGAUAGUCAAAAAUGGAGAAAAACUCAAUGGCAUGCAAGCACUCAAAAAAAAAAACGCCAUCAGAUAAUAUAUAAUUUCAUAAUCGCAAAACAUUUUUUGAACAAAAAAAUAAUAAUAUCAUUCUAUUAUCGAAUUCAAAACAACUAUUAAAACUUAAAUAUAUACUUACUUAAUUGUGUUUAUGAGAUAUAUCGAACAUAUUUAUGCAAAUUGUCUCUUUUUAAUAAUCGGUUUGCUCUUUCGUUCCGAACAAAUUGCAAUGUUAUGCAUGAACAAGAUGAUUAAGAACAAUACACACACAAUAAAAAUGUUACAUUUCUCAAAUAAGAUUAUACUUAUAUUUAGAAUAUCUAGUAAAUGAACCGCAGCAUAACCACAAACAGUUAAAUAAUCAUACAUUGAAAGAGUGAAUUCAAAUCACCAACAUACAGAACAAACGUGAAUAUUGCACAAAAUUUAUUGUCUUGAUGAACGAAGAGAAAAGCAGAAUGCGAGUGAAAAAAGGAGAAUGAACAAAAUAGUCGACAAAAAAAGAGAUCGUUGUAACAAAAAAAAACUGUCGCUCGAGACUGAUUGAAGUACAUAAAAAAAUUUACUGAAAAUUACUUACGAAAAGCAUAUAUAUUCAACUAGUGUGAUUAUUUGUUUUUAUUUUAUUUAUUUUCAAUGAAAAAAAAGAAGAUCUUUUGGCACGACAUUUUUCGCACUCAAUAUUUCCUGAACAUUGUGAUUGAUCGCGAAGAAAUUUCGGCGAUCUUAACUAACAUAUCAGAAGAAAGGCACAUACACACUAAAAAAACACAAUUUUUUCUACAUUUUCAUUUUUCACUCAAAUGACCAACUUAAAGAGAAAAACCGAACACGACAUUUUUCUAAUCAAAUUUCAAGCACUCGAGCACAUCUUCUUAAAAGUGGCACUCAUAGAGACACACAUACACUCAAAUUUCUACUUGUACUUAGUUUUCGGGGAUCUGCGGAGCAGGAAUGGUGUGCAGGAAAAUGAAGCCUUCUCGGUGCUCUUCUCCACCUCACCAUUCCUCCUUCUCUGAGAAACAGUCCCUGUUGUUAGUUUUAGUGUGCGAAAUGUAUUUGUAGACGCUCACUAAGUCUCCGUCAACAAAAAUGUAUUAGCUAAACUUUAAAAAAAAAAUCCGCAUUCAAUUCCUUUGUAAUGUAUUUCUGUCAAAUUGUUUGCAUCUGACGCGUUUCGAGUGAUCUCCAUUAAGUAUAUUUCCAGCUGAAAGCUGCCACUGUAUCUGUUGUUUUAUUAUACAUUAUUAUUAUGAACAUUUUUUGUUGUUGUCGAAUUGGUUGAAUUGAAUUUCAGUUCCACAUGUGUACAGAACAUCGCAGCAGCUAUGCAACCGACAAUGAAUGAGUUCUUUGCUAAGUUUCGAAUUGGAAAGUGUUCAAGAGGAGAAGAAAAUGUCCUAGUCGAUGAAUGGUACGAUGCAAAUUGGCAUCUGAGUAUUACAAAAUUCACGAUUUGUCAUUUUUUUUAAAUUACUUAUGAUAAUAUAAUUAUUACAUCUUUACGUAUCACGAAAAAUUCUAUUUCGCUUGAACAAACAUAUUUUUUACAUUUAAAAAUUUGUGCAAUUCUAUAAAGAUUUGUGUUUUUUGUAAAUAAAGAGAGAAUGAACAGAGAGAGUUUUAUCAUUGGCAACUUAACAGCAUUUAUCGGUUAAUUUUUUGAUAAGAAAAAUAACAGCGAAAUAAAUGUGCUCAAACCAUGAGAAAAAUUGCAUAUAUUCUUUGAUGAGUCGAUGAAUUUUCGGAAUUUGUUUAAUUUUAAUUUUAGUUUUCUUGAGUAGUAGAAUUGAAUUUCGUUUUUAUUUGAUCAGUUUUCUCAGAAUUUCGGCAGUUCCGUUUAAUAAUGGCACAAUUUUGUAAAUAUUUAUAAUUUCACUUUAAGUUAAGUUCAAAAUUUUACGGAUUUAAAACCGAACGGAAACAAAUGCCUUUGCCGCUGAAGGGAAGACAUAAAAAGAAGAUGAUUUUUUUUUUCAACAAAAAAAUGAGUAAAAAUGAGAGAAAUGAAUAAAGAGAAUCCCAAGUGAUUCACUGAAGAAAAUAAAAUGUUUCCCUUUGCGAAAGGUAAAUGUGCAUGGUAGUAAUCUGAGAAAGCGAAAAGAGAGUUUAUAAUUUUAAUUGAUUUUUUUUUUAGUUUAAAACCACUACCUUUUAUUAAAGAUUUAAAAUGGACAUAUGUACUUAAAAAUCGCAAAUCAAAAAUAAAGGUCCAUAAUAAUUAACAGAAUCAA